AUGGUUAAGCUCUUAUUCUUCGAGCUUCCGCUUGCAGUAGUCGUCGGCAUAGCGGGAGCCGCGUUCUUGCUCGUCUCCUCGGUCAUCUCGUGCGUCAUCUACCUCUCCUGUCUGCAUCGCCGUCGCGGCGGCCUUUCCAAGCGACCGCCUCUCCUUCCCGCGAAAGCUGGUUACACGAGACAGCCUUCGUCAACGGGUACAUCCCCGCGAGUCAACAGCCUCGCCGCACCGAACAGCGCGUACCCCUCGCGCGGCCCCCCGAGCCCCCAUGUGAAUGGCGCGUACCCGUCUCCGCGCCCGCAGCACUUAGCGCUUCCCCCGAGCAACACUCCGCCGCAGUUUACCCCGGAUUACCGACGCGCGCUCGCUCCCUAUCAUGCUUCACCGGGCGCCGCAGGAGCCGCCGGCGGAGGCGCCGCAGGCAACGCUCCGGUGAAGCAAGAGUCUCCAUCUCCGCGAAAGCAACCUCAGAAAAGCCCUUCCUGGGAGGAUCAGCUUAAAGCGGGGCUGUUUCGGAAGAUGACAUUGGAUGAAGUGCGCGAUGCGACGGGAUGGUUCAGUCCGCGCAAUUUCAUCGGCGAAGGGGGUUUUGCGGUGGUGUUCCGGGGAAAAGGGCCCGGGGACGUGGGGUGGGCGGUCAAGCGGUCGAAGCGGCCGCUGGCGGAAGGUUCCGCCGGCGCUCGCGAUUUCGAGAAAGAGGUGUUUCUGAUUUCGCGACUUUCGCACAAGAGCCUCGUGCGACUGCUGGGUUACUGCAUGGAGGGGGGCGAGUAUAUCCUCGUUUAUGAGCUUGCUGCUAACGGAUCACUCGGUUCUGCUCUUUCCAAGUCUCGCCCGCACUUGACUUUCACCCAACGCUUAGACAUCGCUAUAGGAACAGCCGAGGCGCUGCAUUACUUGCACACGGCUGUAAACCCCCCUAUAGUGCACCGCGAUAUUAAGCCCGAUAACAUUCUUUUGGAUCAGAACUUGAACGUAAAACUGGGCGAUUUCGGCCUGCUGAAGAGUAUGCUUGGAGCUGGGGAUUCCGCAGGUGCAGCUACAUCCGCCUUUACACGGGUGGCCGGUACACCCGGUUACCUGGACCCAGACUAUCAUCGAACAUCGAAGGUGACUACUAAAGGGGAUGUGUACAGCUUCGGUGUGGUGUUACUGGAACUGUUCACGGGGCAAAGGGCCAUUAUAAAGCUUCCGCAGAAAGGGGCACAGGCGGGAGGCGGAACCCCCGCAAAGCGGAAUGGAGCGGAGAAGGAGACGGCCGACGCAGCAGCAGCGGGAGGCGGAGAAAAGGGUGGGGGAGCAGAAGUAGGAGGGGGAGGAGGAGGAGGAGGAGGAGGAGGAGGAGGAGGAGGAGGAGGAGGAGGAGGAGGAGGAGGAGGAGGAGGAGGAGGAGGAGGAGGAGGAGGAGGAGGAGGAGGGAAAGAUGACAAUGCUAGGAAGAAAGACGAGGCGGAAGAGGAUACCAAGGCAGCGGCAGGGAAGAAAGGAGCACACGGAUCGGCCCCUGCUCCCGCGCGGGACAAUGCGGGUCCCGUGCAUAUCUCCCACUGGGUAGGUCCGUACGUGCAGGCGAGGGAUGUAGCGGCUGUAGCGGACAGCCGUCUGGGCUGCGAGUACGACGCGGGAGCCUUGCUGCGCGUGCUACAGGUGGCGCUACAGUGCGUGCGGCCCACGCGGGCACGGCCGGAAAUGGCUGCUGUGCUGAGAGUGCUGGUAGAUGCGAAGGAGCAGGCGGGGGAUCAAGUGGUGAUCCCAGUGCAUGACCCCAUGCAAGGGUCGGGUGCAACAGCUGAGAUAAAGGCAGCAAAGGGAAAUAUGAGGAAUGAAGGCCAGGAUGGCAAGCAUGUGAUGAAGGCCAGGAUGGCAAGCAUGUGA